GGGUUUUCGGACGACAUUAUCAAGGCAUUCGCGAAUGGAUUCCCUGCUGACUGGAAAUCUAGGUUGCUUGCACAUCUCGGAGAGGAACUUGAUUUACAACAGAAGAGCAUGGGCAGGAUGGGCGAUGGGCAAGCUCCGCCGUAUAGCACGCAAAAGCAGGACACAAUCCCUCCGACGACAACUUCUGUUUCUCUCAAGCGCAAGGUGCCCGAUAUGAACAUGGCGUAUUCGGGUUUAAGAAAACGGCCUGUUCUCAACCACGCAAUUGAGAGCGCACCAUUAUCGAAUGUACCCACCACAGCAACGCCCACGCCAAAGAAGAGUGAGGGGACUCCAAAACAUCGAUCUGGUUCCUCCUAUGUUACUUAUGUGGAGAUCCCGGUUCGCUCCAAGACCCCCAAACGACCCAGCCCUCUUCACGAUCCGCAGGUGAACAGCUCGAGCACAAAUGGCUCCCGAACACGGACUCGUGAUGGAGAGGAUUUGCAAGCGGCUAUUGUUUCUGACAGUGUUACUGAACGCAUCAGCAACAAUCGAGCUCGCCAGUCGCAGUCAUUAUUACGAGGCAAAUCGCCCAAAGUUCUUGAUUCCAGGACCACGCAAACGACCUCUACGGAGCGUAGCUCAAGGCGAUUCAUUAGCAUGGAGGCCUCACAAUCUAAACGCAGCACCACUCAGCAACCCAAUCCUAGUCUACAUGUCAAGCAUCGAAGGCCUAUUCUUAGAGAUGACAAUGAUCAACACACAACCCUCACGCGCGAGACGAACGAUCACUCUUCACAGUCUCUUCAACCCGGGACAGACCCCUCUCUUGCCGUCAGUAUUCAAUCCGAAUCUACAGAUUCUGACAUAAGCACGAACUUGGAGCGGACAACAGAAUCAACUCCGACCUUGGAUAGGAAUGGCGCGAAGGACAUGUUGAUGUCUUCAGGCGAUUGCGCACAGCAGGAUUUGUUGUUACGUCAAGGCAAUUCCAUGGACAACAUCAGUGAUCCAGUUCACAACAGUCUCAGUCGGACAUCUCCUUUAUUUAAACGAGACACAUUUGAGGACACUCAGGACAUGAACGGCACUUCAGCUGAUGACACCGACGCCCGGGGCCGGCUUCCGAAUGUGUCCAGUCACCGAAAGAACGACGCUCAAAGCAAGUGGGAUGACGGCGGAGACAUCAAAGGCAUUUCAACAAGCUCAAGCGAGCACAAUCCCACAUCGGACCCCAUCCCUGAGCAAUUUUUCGACACUCUUCCGAGAUUGCCCAGCUCUUCUUUCAGGUCGCUCUCCGCCAUAUCUGCUUCAUCUCAGUCUAUGGUCCUUGAUUUUGAAAUGCAGGAUUCAUCAUCUGAUAUUGCCGGAUUACAAACCAAUAUGGAGCCCGAUGCUCCGUACACCAAUCAAUAUGAAGUGGACACUGUGGAGGCUGCUUUGAAGGGCUCAUUGACAACGGGUUCGGUUUUUGAUCGCGCUUCGGCGACUGCGAAGGAGCCAUCCUUACCCAUCUUCGAGACCAAUCUCACAUCCACUGGCACUGCUCAUGAAGGGGAUGCGGGGCCUACAACAGCAGUAUCGGCAGAAGUUAUCAUGGACAGCAUUAUGUUGGAGAAAACGCCAAUCCAACUUCAAGAUACGAGCCCCUCUAUCCAUAUUGGUCGCACUCUGGAACAAAAGGUGGAUGUUGAGAUCCAUGAUACCCCUACCGGCGACAUGAUGAUCAGUUUUGAACAAAAAUCAGCACGCACGGUCCAAUCGGAUUGUCGAACCAUGCAAGGCGGCUCGAUCAGCGAUGCAGCCAAGGAGGAGCAAGGGACAGCAAUAGGGACGGUCCAGACUAGUACACUGCUAGACCCAACAAUGGACGAGGAUGCUCACACGAAUAAUGACAGUCUGGCCAUCGCAACGGAUGACGCAGGAGAACCGAUAUUGGACUCAGAAUUCGAUACUAUAGGCGCCGUUGCUCCGGUUACCCUUGCAGGAGCGCAUAGCCUAAGCCCAGGCAUGGUCUCACCCAGCACUCCGUUGACUCGUGGUUCUGAUGACGAAGACCAUGAAGCAUCAGAGGAUAGUUCAUAUUUUGAUCCCUUGGUGACAAGUCUUGUUUUGUCUAGGAGAACAGCUGUAAACGACGUGGCACCGCAACGAUUCGCAAGUGUGCGAGAUAUUAGGGCGCGGAGCAGAAUCCAUGUCAGUCAGUCAGCGCCACAGCCGAUGACUUUAACGCGAAGGACUGAGGAUCAGGCGGAGAAUGAUACUAUUAGGUCGUGGCCGGAGAAGGAUCACCAGGCAACAAGACUGGCGGACAGUAGUCUUGAAUAAUACGAGUUGGACUGCAGCACUAACGGACCACCCCCACCCCUUUUGCGCGCUGUUCAGGCGUAACAAAGCAAACAUGAGAACAUAU